AUGGAGCAAGGAGGGAAAAGGGUAAAGGAAGGAUACACAACCAUUAUUCCAGUAUCAUGUGCCUCAGCACGUGCAGUGUCUUCCCUCAGUAAUGGUUCAUCAAUGAGGACAAAGAGGUGGGUGGAUGGAGGUGCUGUCCCAGCACUCAUUUCUUUCUUGGCAUCUCCCCAUGCUCACAUCAGUGAAAAAGCUCUCUGGGCUCUAGAAAACAUUGCAGGUGAUGGUUCAGUUUUCCGAGACUUGAUUAUCUUAUAUGGUGCAAUUGAUCCACUCUUAGCUCUUCUUGCAGUUCCUGAUAUGUCAUUUUUAGUAGGUGGUUACUUAUGUAACCUUACCUGGACACUUUCAAACCUUUGCCACAACAAGAAUCCUACACCCCCAUAUGCUGUUGAGCAAAUUCUUCCUGCUUUGGCUUGUCUCCUGCAUCACAAUGAUCUCAAAGUAUUAGAAGAUACCGGCUGGGCUAUUUCUUACCUUACUGAUGGUUCAAAUGAAUGCAUUGAAGUGGUUGUAAAAACGCGAGCUGUGCCCCAUCUGGUGAAGUUUCUAGAAUCAAAUGAAUUGCCCAUGAGGGCUUCUGCGCUAAGAGCCAUAGGGAAUGCUGUCACUGGAACAGAUGCACAGACGCAGACUGUGAUAGAUACAGGAGCACUUGCUGUCCUUCCCAGCCUGCUCACCCACCCCAAAACUAAUAUUCAGAAAGAAGCCACAUGGACAAUGUCAAACAUCACAGCUGACUGGCACGACCAGACACAGUAGUUUGUAAAUCAUGGAUUAAUCCCAUUUCUCAUCAGUGCUCUCUCUAGGGCAGAUUUUAAGACACAAAAGGAAGCUGUGUGGGCCGUGACCAACCAUACAACCAGUUGGACAGUUGAACAGAUUGUAUACCUUGUUCAUUGUGGUAUAAGACAACCAUUGAUGAACCUCUUAAUUGCAAAAGAUAUGAAAAUUAUUCUUGUUAUUCUGGAUGCCACUUCAAAUAUCUUUCAGGCUGCUGAGAAACUGGGUGAAACUGAGAAGCUUAGUAAAAUGAUUGAAGAAUGUGGAGGCCUGGACAAGAUCAAAACUCUACAGAACCAAUGCAAUGAAUCUGUGUACAAGGCCUCAUUAAACUUGACUGAGAAGUAUUUCUCAGUAGAGGAAAAAGAUCAAAAUGUUGUACCAGAAACUACUUCUGAGGGCUCUAUCUUGCAAGUUCGGCACUGGGCUCCUGGUAUCUUUAACUUCUAG